AUGACGUCCGACUCGACCCCCUCAAAACCAGGGGGCAUGCUAUCUCUAUACGCUAACCUCCUGGACCCCUCCGCCGACUCUGCGUCUCCCGGUACGAUCUCGCGGGCCCCCGUGGUCUUCAAGCAAGCCGAGGGCGAAGCGCCGUCGGAUGAAUCGACAGCCAAAAAGCAACAGCAGUUGAACUCUGCCUCUCUCCGAUUCCAACCGACCAAAAGACCUCAGCUCUCCGCGCAGAAACCCAAACCGAAACCGAAUCUACCCAAGACCUCGCAGCUCCCUGCUGCGUCGAACGCCUCGGUCAAAACAUCUCUAGCAGACUGGGCCGCGACCGAGGACGACGAUGUGAAUGGAUUCUAUGCCGGCCCGAAGCGACAACGCGGCGGGCGCAAAAAGCGCAAGAAGAACCGAGAUGCCCAGGAGAUGAUGCAGAACUGGGACGAUAUCUACGAUCCGUCACGCCCCAAUAACUACGAGGAAUACAAACACAGCGACGAGCAGGUAUCCGAGGUGCGGGAAUGGAAGGAUCGUCUCUAUGCACAUCGCAUGGCGCGAUCGCCGAGUCGGGAUUCGCUGAGUGAUGAUGAUUAUGACAGGCCGAUGAACCGGCAAUUCGCCCCUCCGAGUAACUUUGCGCCACCUCCGAAUCUCAACGACCUCCCACCUCCUCUACCACCGAUGGAACCCCCCGUCUCCGUUCAUUCCAUUCCCCCUCCACCUGCCGGCCCUCAGACAACGGCAGAACCUGCCCCUCCGACUCGGUCCUUGGAUGCGCUCCAGCCGGCCUCGGCGACGAUAUCCCGUGCGCCGGUCCGAUACACCCUGCCUCCCCCUCCGAAAGACAUUCCUGCCUCGGAGGCGGAGCUCGAGGAAGUGUUUGCGAAGGAGCAACCGGUAGAAGACGAAGCCGAGGGGAACGGUCAGCGAUCACUUCGGCCGGGACAGCAAGGAUUCGCCGAACGACUACUGGCCAAAUAUGGCUGGACAAAGGGCUCUGGAUUGGGCGCAACGGGCUCCGGCAUGGUCAAUCCGUUGCAAGUCAAGGUCGAAAAGCAGAAGAAGCGACCGGAUUCGGAGGGUGGUGGCUUUGCUACACCUGCUGGCAGGGGCAAGAUCAUCGGCGGCGCGAGGAAGAAGGAAGACGAGGGCAAGUUCGGCCCCAUGAGCGACGUCAUCAUUAUGAAGGGCAUGCUCGAUGGCAUGGACCUCGAGGCCGAGCUGGAGGACAACCAGGGGGGCGGUCUGAUGCGGGAAAUCGGAGAAGAAUGCUCAGAGAAGUACGGCAAUGUGGAACGAGUCUACAUUUCUCGCAGCUCGGGUCCUCCCGUGCCGGUGUUUGUAAAAUUCACCAACCAGCUAUCGGCUUUACGAGCUGUGAAUGCUCUCGAAGGACGAAUAUUCAACGGCAACGCCAUCAACGUUCGAUUUUUUGACUCGCAGAAAUUCGAGCAGGGAAUCUAUGAAUGA